ACAUGAGACUCUAAGGCUGUAGCCUGUCCUAUCGACAGUUUGGAACAACUUUGGAAAACUGAGAUUUAUUACCACGUAAACACCUAUUUUUCACCAAAUGAAACUAUGUAGAGGACUUAAUUUCGGACAGUAUGCAGAAAUCACAUUUGGGAGUAGCUGGGACGGUUUUCGAGUCCAGCGGUUGAAGAAAAGCGAUCAUCAGACGAAGUUUCUGUAGGGGAAAAAAGUUGAGUGCAACUCGUCUGUCUGAGGUUUGUGGGACGGGCCGUCUGGCUGGCUGGAUGCGUGUUUUCAGCGCCGAGGAGUUUGGAAAUUCACGAAGGAAACUAACAUAACUAUUUCAUUUGAUGGUGCAGGAUAAUAAUGUUUUGCCAGUUUAUUAAAUAACGAAUUACACAAAACACUGUAAGAACUUUCAAAAUUUAAAUCCACAAAAACAAAUUAAACUACAAAGAAUAUCCGUUCUUUGUAGUCAGUUUAGGGUUCGUCUUCCAUUUAACUCUGAACCAUUUCUCGUUUUGGAAUCAUUCGUUAUCAUUCAUAAUUAACUGUUCAGUUGUUUUAAUUGGACGCAUCACCUCUGGAAGGCAACAUGGACGCGCGACAGGGUCAGUGCGCGCCCCCGGUGGGGCAGCAGAUCGUGCACGUCCGCGGGGACUCCCAGACGGAUCUGGAGGCUCUGUUUAACUCCGUGAUGAACCCUAAAACCUCCGCCCUGCCCCCCUCCUCUCUGCCUAUGAGGAUGAGGAAACUUCCAGACUCCUUCUUCAGACAGCCGGAUCCCCGAUCACACUCCAGACAGGCCAGUUCAGAUGGGACCAUCGUUGGGUCUCUGACACCUCAUCAUGUGCGUGCCCACUCCUCUCCCGCCUCGCUCCCCAUCAAUGCCCUUUCUGCCCCAGCAACCAGUGCCAUGGCAACACAGCCGCUCCCUGACGACGUGCCCCUCCCUCCGGGCUGGGAGAUGACCAAGACUCCCUCAGGACAGUGCUACUUCCUCAAUCACCUGGACCAGACGACCACAUGGCAUGACCCCCGUCUCUCCCAUCUCCAGACCAACGCAGCGGCCCACCUGCUCUCUGCUCCCCCGCCACACACACACACCCUCGCACACCCUGCACCCAACACACACACACAGAGUAACACCGGCUCCAACACAGGCCCCCUCCCAGAGGGUUGGGAACAGGCAGUGACUCCUGAAGGAGAGGUCUACUACAUCAACCACAUCACCAAGACCACCUCCUGGUUAGACCCACACCUAGUCCAGAGUGCUGUAGCCCAGGUGAAGCCCUCAACCCUGACCUCUGACCCGGUUGGCAUUGCGACAGUGGUAACCAAGCGCAGGCAGCAGCUGCAGGUGGAGAAGGACAGGCUGAGGCGGAAACAACAGGACCUGGCCCGUCCAAUCAGAGUACAGGAUGUGGCGGUGCGGAGUGGACUGGAGCAUGAUGGGAAAAUGAGGAACAACCAUGUAGACCCCGCCCUCAACGGGGCCCACUCCCGUAACCAGAGUACUGACAGUGGUCUGAGUGUCAGCAGCUUCACACGGACACCUGAUGACCUGCUGAACACUGUGGAACUCAUGGAUACAGGUGACUCUGGAGCAGGCCAGCCAAUGGCAUUCCUGGAGGCAGGCCCAGGGGUGUGCAUGGCUACCGAUGGGGAGGAGCUAAUGCCCAGCAUCCAGGAAGCCCUGAGCUCAGACCUCCUGAGUGACAUGGAUACUGUUCUCUGGUUAUAGACACACACUAUAGAUACACACACACACACACACACACACACACAUAUACACACUAUAGUCACACACACAUACACACUAUAGUCACACACACACACACACACACACACACACACACACACACUAUAGACACACACACACACACUAUAGUCACACACACACACUGUAGACACACAAACACACAAUAUAGACACACACACACUGUAGACACACACACACACACUGUAGACACACACACACGCAUACUAUAGACACACCUACCUGGCUAUAGACUCUACACAACAGUAGUACAUAAUGAACUGACUUGAUGGGUUAUAGACUACACAACAGGGAACGAGACUCAGACUCUGCCCCUCCACUUCCUCUCCUGGCUGUUACCUGUCUUCCUUGAACUUAGCUGGCCACUGAUUGGCUGGUUUCCCAGGAUGUAACCCAGUAGACACUGUGGCCCUUGACGACAGGAGAUAUAGCGAUACAUGAUGUGGUACUGAGGAGACACUGUGGCCCUUGACGACAGGAGAUAGAGCGAUACGUGAUGUGGUACUGAGGAGACACUGUGGCCCUUGAUGACAGGAGAUAGGGAGAUACAUUAUGUGACACUGUGGCCCUUGACGACUGGAGAUAGGGAGAUACAUUAUGUGGUACUGAGGAAUGUGGCUAGUGUUUUCUUCCUCGAUCUCUCCCUCUCUCCUCCCCUCUCCUCUUUAUCCCUCUCUCCUUCCCCCUCUCCUCUCCCUCCUCCUUUCUCCCUCCCUCCUUCCCUUUCACAGGAGAGAGAAUCUUCAGUUUGCCUUUCAUCCCUGUAUACCUCACACCUGCCUUUCCCUUCCCAUAAGUAUGUAUCUUUGUUAGUUAUGCCUACAUAUAUCAACAAACAAUCUUCUUUAUAAGUGGUACAAUUUUUCAACAUGUUGUUUAACUUGCAGGCUGCUAGAUUGUGAGGCAUGAGACAUUAACAGAAUAUUCCUCCACAUCAGCAGUUGUAAUAGAAUUUACCAGUUAUAACGUACAUCCAGAGCCUUCAUAAAGUAUUCACACCCCUUUA